GGGCAUUAUAAGCUGGUCUCUUAUGAAUGUCUUACAGUUACUUGGUAUCAAGAAUGGUGCCGUGGAGGUAGAUUCUUCUAUAAUGGAUGUACAACAAGAAAGAAAGAAAGAAAGUAAAGGUUCCUUUGAAUUCUAGGGCAACAAAGUUUCAUAGGAACAGAGGGCAUAGCUUAGAACUUGACGCUGAAGAGGCAUAGCUUAAAACUUGACGCUGAAGAGAACUUUGUCCGCACACCUGAGUUUUCUUGGGCAUCUGGUGACAAAGGCUUUAGUAGUGACAGACCAAACCCAUCGGUGUUGCAGGGAGAUACUCAAAGGAGGUAACUUUGUCCUCCGCUGCAAUUUGUUCUAUCCCACUUUGUGCAAUUACGGAAUUGAAGUAGUGAAUGAAAUGGAAAAGUAAAAAGAACUUGAGUGGCCCAUAGGUGAUCAGUCAUUAUAUGCCAAUUGUACCCAUCAACUUACCUCACCCUUUUAGGCUUGAAUUAAUUGCCCAUUUUAGUUUUGAGAUUUUACAGUGAUGUGCUUGAAGGGAUUGUUUUGUAUUUUCCCUCUGUUGGCAUGUUUAUCAUAAUAAGUUUUUUAAACAUGACCACAGAAAUGUUUGUGUAGACAACCGAUAUGGUAAAUCUUUGGAUUGGAAUAAUGCGGCAAAACAUAAGAGGGGGAGCAAAUGCAGAAGCGUAAUAUACAGCAAAUAGAUGGUUCCAAAUACAUGCCUUACAUUAAGGUUAGCAAGGAGCACUAUCAGCGUGUUAAGCAUCCAAUCAAGGGCCCUAAAUAACGUGUUAGGUAACAUAAAAAAUAUACAUGUAAAGCCUUUUGAAGCAUAUGAGGAAGAAGAGAGGCAGAAAUUACAUGAACAUUGGCUGCAACUUGCAAAUAGAGAUCUUCCUGCUCAUUACUCAAAUUGGUUGAAGCGGCAAUCACAUGAAUGUCAAUUGAGAAAGUCUAUAGGUCAUAAAAUGCAAGAGCUGAAACCCCUAAGCCAGCAUGUGCACUUUCUCUAUGUUGAGGACUUCCUUUAGAAUGGCUUAAAACCCUGCUGCCACCGCCUCAGCUCUCCUUGUCUUUUCUCUUAUGCUCUCAGCAUGCUAUGCCUUAAAACAGUUUUGCUAAAUCUAUAUUCUUGAGAGGAAAUGAAUCAAUUAUUUUGAUUAAUAUCUUUAUUUUUUGUUGGUUCGGAAAUUUGUGUGUGUGUUUUCAGGAUAGCAUGAGGGUAUUUCAUCAUCUCAAGUCCCUGAAAAUGAAAAGCAACGAAGCAACAAAUAUUGCACCAACAUUGACUGCACAGGUCUGUUAUCCCGCUUCCUUUUUUGACACAAAUCCUUUUCUAUCAGGGACAAAGACUUUUCAUUCCUUUGUUAGAACCGAACCGAUUUUUCGAUUCUAGGGAAAAUGAAAACUAGUACCGAACUGAAAUAGGAUUGGGAACCGAAAUAUCGGUUCGGUUUAACUCGGACCCAUAAAUUUGAACUACUAGUUCUCAUCAAGCCCUAGUUCUCAUCAAGCCCUAUUUCAUUUUCCCUAAAAUCGAAAAACUGCUUCGGUUCUCAUUCCUUUUUUAACACAAAUCCUUUUCAUUUCGGUUCGGUAAUUUUCGGUUCGGUUAUCGGUUUUUCGGUUCAAAAUGUCAGCCCUAGUUCUAGUGAGAAUCUUCCUUAAAAUGAAAACUCACUUAAAAUGAGAACUAAUACCAGGAUUACCAGCCAUUGGAUCUUUAGAUGUUAAAUUAAUCUCUCACGGACUCUAACUCUCCCAGGGACGCACACUUCUUUCUCCCAACCAUUCACGUGCUUCUCUUUCGUACCAACAGCCCUUCUUCGUAAUACCAGAGAGCUCCCCACUUUUGACCUUUGGUUUUCUUCUCUCUGUACCCGUCGUCUCCAUCCACCGCGUCGGUCAUCAAUUUCCCCUUAUUUACUUUUUUGGUGGAAAUACGAAGAUAUCAAGAGUCCCAGUUCCUAUUCCAAAAUCUGCCUACCUUCUUAUUUCUCCCUCCCUUCUAUUUAUACUUACUUAUGGGUCAGCCCAAAACUAACUAGUGCCUGGUCCAGGACCCUUUAAUACACGAAAGAAUGGCAGGAGUAUUACUCCUACACUUUUACAUGACAAAAAUAUAAAUGGUUUGCGUUUUUUCAAAAAUAUCACUUAAUUCAACCGCAAACUUAUGCUUCCUAUGUCUCGUGACUCGGACUUUGCUGCGAGCCUGCGACCCGUUAGCUACCUCCCUCUCCUACGAUACACAUCUACCAGCGAGGUGCCGAUGAAGGAGAGGACCAGCAAUGACUUCAUCCCAUCCAACGCACACCGCCGAUGUCUUCGUCACAGAUAGGCUCGCCGCCGCCGGUGUCCUCAUCGCAACCAGCCGUCGCCGCAGCCGAUGUUCUCGUCGCAACCAACCGUCGCCGCCGCCGGUGUCCUUGUCGCAACCAACCCGUGCCAAUUUUCCAGAUCUGUACUCUUCUUCUUCACCUUACUCUGGCAGAGAACGAUAGCGAAGAACAAACCUCUGUGAAGACGACUACAAGGACAUGGGGGCUACAGGGACGGUGGAUAGGGUUUCUGGGGCGACGACUUGAUGUGAUGGUUUGGCGGUAGAGGUUGGGGCUUCAGGCUUGAGCGGCGAAAUGGUGGGCAGGUCGUGGCUGGGCUGAUUGGGGCUACAUCGAGAUGCAGAGCUGUGUAUUUGGGGCUGAGUUGGGCUAGUCGGAGCACGAACUGGGAAGUUGGCUGGGGGCAUGUCAGGAACAGAGGCUAUGGGUUGAGGUGCUGGCUGCUGGGGUGUGGGGAUGGGGAAAGGCAGGGGUAGAUGUUAGUGACAGUGGGAUGAUGGUGGGAAUUGGGCGGUGCCAGCGGUGGUGACACUUUGCUAGUGUCACUGAGAUGUGCGGCGGUGUCACUGUGGUCGACAACGGUGUUACUAUGGCAGUGACUGGUCAGGGGUGCCAGCAGUCAUGGGGCAGAGUCACUAGCGGCAGAGUGUGGCGGCGGAGUCACUGUUGAUGGUGACUGCAGUCACUGCCCACUGGGCAGUGAUUAGUGGUCACUAUGGAUGGUAGGCGGGAGUAACUAUGACUGGAGCAAGUCAAUAAGCGGCGGUCACUAUGGCCGUAGCAAGUCAUUGGGCGGCGGUCACUAUGGCCGGAGCAAGUCACUAGGCGGUGGUGGGGCAAGACUGUUGGCAGUGCCGGUGGUAACAGUGGCGGUUGAGGAACUCUUUCCUAUUUUUGAUUUUUUUUCAUUAUUAAAGUUCAUUUAUGGCCUUUUAGUUAUACAUGGUGGUAAAUGGAUUGGUGUUGAACGGAUUAAUGGCCUAGUUCUUGGGUGUGCAACGGUUUGCUGUAUAACAGACAAGUCAUAUUUUUGGACUUUUGAAACUUAACUCACUUUAUUGGGAAUCCCUUAAUUAAUAGUAAUAUUUGAAUAAAAAGGCCUUAAUACA